AUGGCCGAUCACAACGAUAUUCAAGGUACGUAAGAAUAAGUCAUCGUGAGGAAACAGUGCAGUGUGAUCUAAAUAAUACGAGCCAUGAUACUAAAUACAAACUCUAUUCCAUAGUUCAGCCCAGAUAUCCUGGCUACCCGAUGCAACCGUACCCACAAGAAAGGCCAACUUCCACGAGUGUGACUUUGCAAGUAAGCUCUUCAUUAAGUUUAAUUCAAUAAUAUCUUUGUACCAGUAACGUUUUACGCGAUCAAAAAGCUUAAUGUUUCGUUAUUCACCACUAUUUUCGUAUUUUCAGCCCAAUUCAACAGCUCAGCCUCCUCGUCCAUGGAAUUGGAUGGCUGUAUCAAUUUUUACCACCUUGUUCUGUUGCUUUCCAUGUGGUGUAUCAGCCAUUGUACACAGUCGUAAGGUAAGAAAUAACCUUAAGUUGUUUUGUUCCCUCCACCAAGUUGUGAUGGGUCUAGGUAAGUGCUACACGGGAGGGAUAUGGCGCCCGGUUCUUUAAAUUCAGGCCUAGCUGUUGUUUUAGAAAACAAGAAAAGGCUAAUUUUUUAGUAGCUAGUUUAGAGCACCCUACCUUUACUUGAGUUUUGUACGUUCAAAUUUAUACUACACAUAGUUGCAGAAAACGUCUCGAACCAUCACUUAGGAACCCCGGCACAUAACACCCGUAAAGUAUUUUUGGGGAGUAACCCUGGCAGACAAAGUCAAAGGCACUACAAUUUAUAAAGUUUAACUUCAAAUUACCAAAACAAAACAGCAAAGACAAGAAUAGCAUGUAAAUUACAAUCUUACUGAGGUACUGUAUUUGUUGGUUCUCUCCCUUGCUCAAAGAGGUUUUUCUCCGGGUACUCCAUUUCAGGAGACCAAGAAUCAGGUAGACGAAUGGCCACUUAGUGGAUAUGCUACCUCUAAAUCGUUAUUAAUUUAUUAUUUAUUUAGGUGUAUCUUGCAUAAGAUACGAACGAAACGAAAAAUUUAAGUCAUGGUUGCCUCAGAUCUAUAUUGGCUACGGGUUCUGACAACACUUUAAAAAUGCCUAAAAGACUCAGUAAAAACAUCUGGGCAAACAGUCGUCUUUAUGUUAGUUCAUCUAUGCCCCCCUUUGGCUUUCCUUUUCUCCUUAACGCUUGAGCAGUUAUUAAUGGGUUUAAUUUUCUUUGACCAGUUGACAAGUGCUGAAAUCGGCUUAUAUUGUCACGUGUCCUAGCACCUUUUAGAGUGUUUUAGCAUCGACGACGGCGACGGCAGCGAAAACGUAACUUUUAAAAUGAAUUAGCGUUCUUUCAAAUUCGCUGAAAAUGCCUGAUGUAGGCAAAACUCAAAUUUUAGAAAGAGUAAGAAAAUUUUGUCGUCAACGUCGCUGGUUUACGUCCUCCAUGAAACGUGAAAUUAGGCAUUUUCACGUCGUAGUCGGGCAGUAACGGCAAAGAAAUGUGCAAAAUAGCGUGAAGCACAUGAUAGACAUAAACCUAUUGCUGUUCUGACGUUCUCGUUGCUCUUGGCCCGGCUUAGACGCCAAACUUUUCAUGAGCCGAACCUAUAAAUUCGAAUUAAGGCCGACCCAAGUUAUUUAGACCAGCUGAAUUGAUUCAGGCGCCGAUCUUAUUUGCAACUGAACAAAAUUCAAAAGGCGAAAAAAUGCUCAUUUCCAGGUCAAACUGCUUACAAAAUACGUUAUAAUAAUUUAUGCAUUAGCUUCGGUACAUGAAAAGUUCGGCGUCUGAAUCAAAGCCGAUCCAAAGUCGCUCCAAAGGCGAAAUUCCUGACCGGGCUAUGAGGAAAGAACGGCUGAGCCGUUCCAAAUUGAAACAGGCGUUCCUGAUUAAUUCAGCGCCAAACUUUUCAAGUAUAGACCCUUGUCACCCGGCGGCCAUUUUGUACCAAGAGAUUAAAAAAGCUUUGUAUUUGCACGGCUAGCCUCGUUCUCACUGCUUUUUUAAUUUCCUGGGACAAAAUGGCCGCCGCGUGACAAAGGUCUAUUAGGUUCGGUAAAGUUCAGCAUCUGAACCAGGCCUUAAAAUGUGAAUGACCGUUUUGCAUGAUAUGGUACUGGAAAUGUCUGCAGUGCCGGGAAUGAUGCUUUUACGAUUACAUAAUUUAUGCUCGUAUGAUUUUCUUUCUUUUUCUCUAGGUGAAUAGAGCAUACGAUGCUGGAGAUCACCAAGAAGCCGAGAAAAGCGCAAAAAAGGCUAAAUGGUUGAAUAUAAUUUCGGUCAUAUUUGGUCUUAUCUUCAUCCCAAUAAUAGUCUAUUGGCAGUAUUUGCGUUUUAAACAGGUGCAAGAACAAGAAAAUAGCUACUAA